GGCAUGCUGUCUCCCUUCGAGCGGCGCGCGCGCGUCUCCUUCCUGGCAGUGGCGGCAGCAGCAGCGGCCUUCGCCCUCGCCAUCGUCGUGCUUGAGUCUUCUUCUCCUGCUCCCUACUACGGCAAGCCUGUCACAGCGCCUGAGAGAUGGUUGGAGGAUGGCAGAGCCUCGAUCAACAUGUUCCGAGUGGCUCGCUCGGACAUGCAAAAGAAGGUUUUGCGCGGUACCCAACUGCCGCAUCAAGUGCAUUACUAUAGCAACGUGGGAGAUCGCCUGCCUGUUCUCGGCGACGAGGAGAGAGAAACCAGGCAGACGUUUCAGGAGCUUGUGCAGCUUGGGCACACAUGUGUUGUCAUGCUCCGAAGAGCAAUCUGGUCUGUAGACCCAACGGUCUUCAAUCCCCAGUACGACCUGCAGGUUCGCUUGGACGCCAUCCACACUGCUCUUUCGCAGCUGGCUGCUCAAACCGGGGUGUACUUGACUAACCCUCCUGUGGUACAAGUGGACGAGUCUGUCUUCGAUGAAGCAGCAUCAGACGUCUCGCGUUUCAGAAAGCUUGUCGAGCGAAUCCCUGAGAUGCACAACGCGAAGUAUUACUGGGUUGUUCAGUACAACAUCAUCCGCACUGAACUGAGAAAAACCUCGUCAAUGUUGACUACCGUCGUCAACAUCGCAAAGCAUCACUUCCUCGAGGUAGCGGACAGCAUCGACAGCAUGCGGAUGAACGUCGAGGCCACGCAUGAGGGAUGAGCAGGAGGAUGAGAGAAAGUUCGUCGGUCAGGGCGAGCGAAACCGACGGAGAAGCUCAGGGAGAUGCUUGAGAAAGUUGCGGGUUAGGGGGAUGAGGGCCGAGCCUGAGGUCGUGCAUGUUCGGUUGUGUAGUCGCAGAAACUUUAUUGCUGUCAUAAUGUGGUAGUUUACAUCAUGGAUUUGUUCAUAAACUCUUUUCACUU